CAAUUCACGACGCGGCGCGUUCAAACUUUCAACAAUCCAUUUCAACAAAACCAACACUUGUCCUCGAGAAUUACCACCAACCUAUCUACCAUCUCUAACCCGCUCGUCACAUCAACCGCCAAAAUGACAGGCAAAGGCUCCGCCUACGGCCAAGCAGCCGGCGACACCGACUUUCGCAAAAAGUACGACCUCGACGAGUACGCCGCCAAAGCCGCCGCCCGCGAAGCCGCCGAGAAGGAAGAGCGCAAAGCCCGGUACGAAGCCAAGCUGGCGGGCAAGAAAUACUACAAGCCCAUGGACGGUACCGAGACCCUCACCGUCGCGCGCAAUGCCACGCAGGACUUCUCCAAGAUGGUCGGCACGACGUCUCUGGUGCCAGCCGGCGCCGGGGUCGGAAAAAGAGGACGGGGCGCUGGCUUCUACUGCGAGGCUUGUGACUUGACGUUCAAGGACAAUCUACAAUGGCUGGAGCACACGAAUAGCAUGCAGCACCAGCGGGCUGUCGGUGCGACGGGGCAGGUGAAGAAGGCGACGGCGGAGGAGGUGCAUGCUAGGAUUGAGGCGCUGUGGCAAAGGCAGCAGGAGUUGAAGAGGGAGCAGAAGGAGGCGGCGUUGAAGGCGAAGACGGACUAUGGGGAGGAUGUGAGGAUCGAGGGGGAGCAUGACGAGGAUGAUAUGAUGGCCGCCAUGGGGUUUACUGGCUUCGGGACGACGGCGAAGAAAUGA